CAAAUCCAUUGCUGUGGUUAUCAUGGAGAGCACAGCCUCCCACAGGGCGUUCCUCCACAGUAUUAUAAAUUCCAAUGAGGCAACUGUUUCCCCACAGAGAAGGACCUACAAGGUGACUAGAAUGGCUACUCUACACUCAAUUAUUUGGAUCGUGCUGCUGUGCGGAUUAAUUAAGACGUGCACAUCCUCUUAUUAUGAUGGAGUUGAGGAGCUGAAUAACGACUUUAUUGUAAACUGUGCGAAGGAAGCCAAACACCUGGUAGAUACCGCAUAUAAAAACACACGUAACACUUUGAAGGAGCGUUUAAGGACGAAGACAGCGGGUCCCCGUGAUCUUAUGGCCUACUUCAAGCAGCCUGUCGCAGGGAGCAGGAACUCCAUCCGAGCUGCAGAUUACAUGGGUACCACCCUCCAGCUUCUGUCAGAGAAAGCCAAAUACUUUAAUGAAAGACCCUUCAAUAUUACAGAUCUGUUAACAAAGAGCCAGAUGGACACUAUUUCCAGGAUUGCAGGCUGUGCAACCCAGCACCUUCCCAAGGUGUGUCAGGACAGUCCGUACCGCACCAUAACUGGAGAGUGUAAUAACAGGAAAAAUCCAAAUCUUGGAGCUUCUAACACUGGGUUCACGCGCUUGUUGCCAGCACAGUACGAGGACGGUCUGUCCGUUCCUCGUGGUUGGACUGAAAACCGUCGAAUCAAUGGGUUCCCUCUGCCCUUGGCACGUGACGUAUCCAAUAGGAUUGUGCGAUUCCCCACUGAAAAUAUUACCCUGGACAGUGCUCGAGCACUUAUCUUCAUGCAGUGGGGACAAUGGACAGAUCACGACCUCGACCUCUCUCCUGAGACCCCUGCACAUUCUACGUUCCUCGAGGGUGUGGAUUGUGAUACCAGCUGUGCCCGGGAACCUCCAUGCUUUCCUCUCAGGAUUCCACCCAAUGAUCCUCGGUUUACAAAUCGUAGUGACUGUAUCCCAAUGUUCCGCUCUUCUCCUGUAUGUACCCCGGGAUCUCCAGUCCGAGAGCAGAUAAAUAUUCUCACCUCGUUUGUUGACGGCAGUCAAGUGUACGGCAGUGAUUUUGCACUGGGUACUAAGCUACGUAAUAAUACAAACCAGUUGGGCCUAAUGGCUAUUAACCAAAACUUCACAGACAAUGGACUUGCAUUCCUGCCCUUUGAAACAGCAGAAGAGGACUUUUGUGUUCUCACCAAUAGGUCUUCUGGGAUCCCCUGUUUCUUGGGAGGAGACCCACGUGUAAGUGAGCAACCUGGUCUUACAGCUUUCCACACACUUUUUGUACGAGCACACAACCGAAUAGCGACUGAGCUGCGCAAGAUGAACCCCAGAUGGUCUGGAGAGACACUGUAUCAAGAAGCUAGGAAGAUUGUAGGAGGAAUCUUGCAGAAAAUAACAUAUAAAGAUUGGCUGCCUUUACUGUUGGGAUCAGAGAUGCCUCGGGUACUCCCAACAUACAGAGGUUAUAAUGAGUCUGUGGACCCACGAGUGGCCAAUGUCUUCACUGUUGUAUUCCGCAUGGGCCAUACUCUGAUACAGCCAAUCAUCUACCGCCUUGCAAGUGGUUAUCGUCCUUAUAUGCCAGAACCACAAGUCCCGCUUCACAUGACCUUCUUCAAUAGCUGGCGGGUGGUAAGAGAAGGAGGAAUAGACCCUCUUCUCCGUGGACUCAUGGCAAAUAGAGCUAAACUUAACCGUCAGAACCAAUUGGUGGUGGAUGAACUAAGGGAGCGUCUCUUCAAGCUCUUUAAACGGACUGGCCUUGACUUACCAGCACUCAAUUUGCAAAGAGGCCGUGAGCAUGGAUUGCCAGGGUACAGUGCAUGGAGGAGGUUCUGCGGGCUCCCCGCACCACGCAACCUGAAUGACUUAGCUAAUGUGCUAAAUAAUAGGCAAUUGGCCCAAACAUUCAUAAACUUAUAUGGCACGCCUGAAAAUAUUGACAUCUGGGUUGGAGGUGUUGCUGAGCCUCUAGUCCGCAAUGGCAGAAUUGGAAUGGUGAUGAGCUGUCUGAUUGGGAACCAGUUAAGUAGGGCUCGAGAUGGAGACCGGUUUUAUUAUGAGAAUCGUGGAGUGUUCACUUCGGCUCAGAAGAAUGCAAUACAAGCAGUGACUCUGGCUCGUGUCAUCUGUGAUAACACCAGGAUCACUGAGGUCCCCCAAAAUGUCUUUAUGGGUAAUCAGUAUCCCAGCGAUUUUGUUAGCUGUUCCAGAAUUCCAGCACUGGAUCUAAGACCAUGGAAACAAAAUUAAAAGUGGAAAUGGAACUGUCGGGGAGGCGCAACCAUGGACAUCAACAUGGUGUGGCUACAAGCAACUGUCGCAGAUCACAGCUCCUUCAUAUUGAACCACCAUUGGGUCCUGCUGAGCUCUCGGACUUGUCUUGCCUGAUCCUGUUACUGUAUAUAACAGGUUUACUUGAUGAUAAGUCUGAAGACCAGGAAAACAAAGAAUGAAGAUCACUAGUAGCAAAAGACAGGAUUUAAAGGGAAUUUAUGCAAAGUAUUAAUAUGCAUUUACUGUAGUAUUACACAAUGAAUUUAACUUUGGGUACUGUGUUAUAUAUAAACUGUUUAUGCUUGCAUUACAUGCUAAAGUCAAACAACCAUAUUUGUUCUCCAAUACUAUGACAGUAACAGCAGUUUACAUACUCAUAGUGAUAUAAUAACCCCAAUUGUUUGUUGUUAUUUUAAUGGGGUGUUCAGCAUUUGGUGUAUACUUUAAUUUACUGUACUAUUUUAUGUGUGCAAACCUUUCGUUUAAUAAAACAGUAAUGUGGUCACUGGUCAGUCAUCUCUUCUCAGUAUUUGGACAAUUUCUUCAUUAUAAUAAUGCCUAGCAAAUAUAAUAAAUUAUUGUGGAGCCCAUCCAAUUGCA